AUGAGGUUUGAGGUACCGUUCAACCUUGAAGUGGAUGUUAUAUGCAACUCACAGGUAGCACUUUCAGCAGCAUUGGAUGCUCUAGAAAAGUUCAGUCCUGAUGAUUUAAUAUGUAAAAGGCCAUCUCCUAAUCCUUUCCAAGUAUUCCAACAAGAGGUUUUAUCCGGUAACAAUGUGCCUCGAAGUUUUGAGUCUGAUGGUUAUGACGACCUUGAAUCAACCAGACAGACAUUGAACCACUUCAAUAGGGAAUUACAAGAUGUUCUACAGGAUCAGUUCUCCAGUAAGCUCCAAUUGCAGAAUGAUCAAGUGGAUACGUUAAUAGCACAGGAAUUAGAAAGACGGCAAAUAGAAGCCGAGAGAGUACGCAGAGCCGAGGAAGAACGCAAACGUAAAGAAGAAGAACGGAAGCGACAGGAACAGCUAGAACUAGAACGCAAACGAAAACUAGAACUAGAAGCCAAACGAAAAGCAGAAGAAGAGAAACAACGAGCCGAAUGUGAACGGAAGGCAAAGGAAGAAGCAGAGAAACAAAGGCAGGCUGAAGAAGCUAAAAAGAAGGCUGAAGAAGCAAAAGUGAAAGCUGAAAAGGACCGUCAAACCAAAUUAGCUUUAGCCAAUCAAAAUAAGUCUAUUACCAAUUAUGAUAGUAUUGCAGAGAAGUUUGCAAAGUAUAAACAAGAUAUCAAAGAUAUUAAAGAAAAUGUCAAGGUUUCCAUGGCUAAUAAUCCCCCAUUAACUAAACUAGUUAACCCAUACAAACGGAAACUCAAUGCCAAAUUUGGUCAGUUAUCAAACUCUUUGGCUCAAUGGCAAGCAGUACAGGGAGUCAUUCAUGAAGUAUUGGAAAUGGCAUCACAAGCUCCCGACCAACUUGUAUUCAAAUGGCUAUUGAAUUUCGUGGCUAAAGCCAUAAUUGAUCAAGCAGAAACUGAAGUGGUGACAUCGCCAAAUAUGGCUGUACCUUUAGGGAUGCUUGCUAUGAAGUUAUUACUUAGUUUUCCUCAAUUGGAGUACUACCUAACAGCCAGAUUCGUCAAGAAAUGCCCUUAUAUUUUAGGGUAUAACUGUUCCAUUGAUACUGAAAAUGGAAGAUAUAAUAUGGGAUGGAAAAGACGAGACCAGAAUUGGGAAGAUGAAGUCAAAUAUGAAGAAAGAGUCUCUGGAAUAGCCUCUGUAUGGGCCGUGAUGACAACCUUGGCACCCAAAGAUCUUUCUAGUGAAUUCUGGUUCUAUUCCAUGUCCAAUUGUUGGAGUUUUGUUGCAAGACUACUCAACUUGGAUUCAAGCUUACUCUUGAGUACUCAUUUUUCUAUUGCUGCAAAUUGGUGGGAAGCAGGUGCUGAACAUUUUGCUAAUACCUAUGGCAAACAGGCUCACAAGCUUUUGAUCACUCUAUUAACUGAAUGGCCCUUGAGUGUAAGCAAUCAGAAAUUUGCCGGAGCCGCAAGAUUGUUGAUCAUUGGUGAAGAGUUUAUGAAAACAGGAAAAUUUGAAAAGUUAAAACCCAUGGAACAAUGA